GUCGUUAUCGACGUCGACGUCAUUCAGUCGCGAGCAGCCGAAGUGUGUACCCGGCGCCGAGCCGCGGAGCCGUCGACGCGCUCGGUCGGAAUCGGCGCCCUUCGUUGAGAACGAACAGACGUAGUAGUACCGUCAGAGGGAGAGCGGUCACCGUCGGAGAGCGAGAGACGCGAUAACGAGCCGUAUCUGUCGCUCGCGCAUACGCACACACGCACGCACGCACGCACGCAAGCACGCCCGAUCGCUCGCUCGCUCGCUCGCUCGCCGCUCUCGCGCCGCGAGUGCUCACCGACAGGCAACAUCAUCGUCGUCGCCGUCGCUCGCCGGGACGAGAGUCAUCCCUCUCUCUCUCCCUCGCGCGCGCGGAUCGAGCCUCGCCUAAACUGCUCCGCCUCCCGGAUCCCGGUCGGGUCGAGCAGGACCGCCGACCGACCGUGCUCCUGCCGGAAACCGUUCUCCCGGAAUAUCGAUCAAAUAGCCUGAACCGAGUGAAAAAUUAGUCCGGGGAGAACGGGGGAGAGAGAGAGAAAGAGAAAGAAGAAAAAAGGGUGUCGGUGGUGGAGAGAAGAAACGAAGAGAGAGAAAGAGACGGCGAGAGAAUCCCGACGUCGUCGCUCCAGGAUACGCGAAAGGAGGCGCAGCUGAAUCGCGCGGUUAAAUCGGCGCAAGUGUGGCGGUGGUUAGGGUCGCGUACGGGUGGCUGCGGUCGCCCAGGUAGUUAGGGGACCACUCGGUGCCGGUUGCCGCCAGUAAGGUUGUUAUCGGUGACUACGAAGACGAAAACGACGAAGACGAGGACGAGGAGGAGGACGGCGGUGGUGGUGGCGGAGGAGGAGGAGGAGGCGGCGGCGGAGGAGACGGUGAAGCCGGUGAAGGAGGUAGUGCCGGUGAAGGAGGUAGUGGUGUCAGUGAUAUCGGUGGCGAAAGUGUUUACGGUGGUUGUGGUGGCGGUGGUGGUAUCGGCUGCUGUGGUGACGACGGCCGCGGCCGCGGGUGCGAAGUGCGACGAGGAGGACGGGAUUAAGGAAGAGGAGGCGGCGGAGGAGAGGUGGUGGUGGUGGAGGAGAGGAAGUUGCGCCGAGAGGUCGUUUCACCCUCUUCGUGGCGACGGGGCCGCUACCUGGCCGCGCUGUUUAGCAGCCGUUGGUGAGACAAGUGCGUGAGGGUGGCAUUUGUAAAGGCAACGUGUAGCAAGAUGGGCUGUGCCAUGUCCGCGGAAGAGCGGGCCGCUCUGGCUCGCAGCAAGCAGAUUGAGAAGAAUCUCAAGGAGGACGGUAUCCAGGCGGCCAAGGACAUCAAGCUCCUGCUGCUUGGAGCGGGCGAGUCCGGCAAGAGUACGAUCGUGAAACAAAUGAAAAUUAUCCACGAGAGCGGCUUCACGCAGGAAGACUUCAAGCAGUACAAACCCGUCGUAUACAGUAACACGAUACAAUCUCUAGUCGCUAUUCUCAGAGCAAUGCCUAAUCUGGGCAUCAGCUUUCACACCAACGAGCGAGAGACGGACGCAAAAAUGGUAUUUGACGUAAUACAAAGAAUGGAAGACACGGAACCCUUUAGCGAAGAACUGCUGGCGGCUAUGAAGAGGCUGUGGAACGAUAAUGGGGUGCAGGAGUGCUUCGGCAGGAGCAACGAGUAUCAGUUGAACGACUCCGCGAAAUACUUCCUAGACGACUUGGAACGAUUAGGAGAGAGGGACUACCAACCAACGGAACAGGAUAUUCUCAGGACUCGAGUAAAAACGACGGGAAUUGUGGAAGUCCACUUCUCAUUCAAAAACCUCAACUUUAAAUUAUUUGAUGUAGGUGGUCAAAGGAGCGAACGUAAGAAAUGGAUACAUUGCUUCGAAGAUGUAACUGCAAUUAUCUUCUGCGUGGCGAUGUCCGAAUACGAUCAGGUCUUGCACGAGGAUGAAACAACGAACCGAAUGCAGGAGAGCUUAAAGCUGUUCGACUCGAUCUGCAACAACAAAUGGUUUACCGACACCUCGAUUAUCCUCUUCCUGAACAAGAAGGAUCUCUUCGCGGAGAAAAUCCGCAAGUCUCCUCUCACAAUCUGUUUUCCCGAAUACGCUGGUGAGCAGCAGUACAGCGAAGCGGCUGCGUACAUCCAGGCACAGUUCGAAGCGAAGAACAAGUCGACCACGAAGGAGAUUUACUGCCACACGACCUGUGCCACCGACACGACAAACAUUCAAUUUGUGUUCGACGCAGUCACAGACGUCAUUAUCGCCAAUAAUCUGCGCGGCUGCGGUCUUUACUAGGCUAAUUCUGUAUUCUACGUUAAACGCAAACGGAGGAGGAAAACGUUACACCACGACAUGGCUGGCCGGACGAUAUUCUUCAAUGGGUUCCGUGGCUCGUCUCG